GAAAACCCUUCCAUUUAGUUUAACACAUGCCAAAUGAAUAAUGUAGGCCAGUUUCUACAGAAUUUAAAGUUAUUGGGUUCAAGUUUUGCCUAUUACUACUAGACAACUGUCUGACAGAUUGCAUAAACAACGAUUCCAACUGGCUAGUUUCGUUAUUAACCCGUGAAAGCUUUAAUAAAGUUUUCAUGGAAAUAUAUUGACCCGUCCUUUAAAUAUUUACGUCUAGUGGGAGAAUUCACACUCAUUAUACCUCGAGGGACGAAACUUGUUGUACAAAAGUGGCGAUUUUUUCGCCCGAUGAUCAGACAUAUGUCUACAACAUUAAAAUCUGUUUGCUUUGGCACGGAAAGUUUUCACCUUGAUGUUUGACUGCGAGAAGAUCUUGUUGAUGAAGUUGGCCUAAGUAUAGAAAAAUCUAGACACUUGAAAAUAUAUAAUACAUAGCUAGGAGAUGGCAGGUGGAUCAGUUGGGGAUAACUGUCAAGUUAAUUCAGUUAUUGUUGUGGAUCUUAUCAAGUUAGACAUUUUUUAACCAUAGCAGUAAACAUUGAAUGCAAACUUGACACCAUUUCUACAACAACGGAGUAAACUUUCUCGCUUUAAUGUAGCAUCACCCACUGAGGAUGGUUUUGUAUUCAAGUUCUGACAAUCAGGAGCAAUCUUUCCUGCCCUCGAUAGCUGACGACAAUAGCUCAAAGCGUAAACACAAAGCAAAAAGUGGCACAAAGAAAAAAUAUUUGCGUCAGAAGAAACAAAAAGAUGUUAUAGUUCACUUUCCUGAACUCGCGACGAAAAACUCGUCGAAAACAGUCGCUAGGAAGUCUUCAUCACCGAAGGUGACUUUUCAAACGCAAGAAAUGUUAAAAACACGACAAAAAGAAGCUACUAAACCAACCAAGCUCGAAAAACGACGAGGCAAUUUACGUUUGCCUUCGGUCGCUUUAACGUCAACAUCGGAAGGUGUUACAAGUAAACCCACCGAAAGCUGGAGUGCUGCGUUGGGUUUACGCGAUACUUACGAAAUUCCUCGAGGUCUUUUGAACAAACUGACCGACGAGAUACUCAAAAUCGACAGACAAAUGAGAGAAGAGGCUAAAAUACAGCGGAUCAGAGAAAACAGGAUGAUCUCUUCGGAAUGGGGGCAUUCGAUAGAGCCAAAACAUUCUUAUUUCGAAGGCACGUUUGAACGAACUUCGCGUCAAGGGUUCUCCUAUUUUCCUUGUCUUCAGAAGAGGUCUGUGGAUCAGAGCUCCGAUUCUAUGCCACCGCAUUGGGCAGAAGAUAAAAUGCGAGAGAGAAUGACUCGCCACGAAGCGGAAAUUGGAAGAAAACUGAGAGAAUUUAAACACCGCCAUUCGCUUUUGAAGUACAAAGACUGAUGCAUUGAAUUUAAACACCACCAUUUGCUUUUGAAGUACAAAGACUGAUGUAUUGAUUUGUGUUAAUUGAAGCAUUUUUGUCAGCGGAACUAUUGCUAGCUAUCAAUAAAGUUGUUAAUCGCUAACUGCUAGUUAAAUUUAUUUAUUUAUUUAUUUAUUUAUUUAUUUACAAAUUUAUUUCACAUUUGUUAUAACUUUGAUACUUUGCAGUAGUUGCCAUGGAAACUAAUCUUCGAUCUCACUAGUAACGGACGGAGGAGAUCUGGGUCGGGUACUAAGAGACCUCAAAGAAACGCCGAUAUCCAAGCAACUCCAAAACCCUGAUCUAACAUUAUUUAACAUUAUUAUUGACAUCAGGAAUAUCUCAAAGGCUCUGACGCUGUAGCAUGUAACGAUUGAAUUCUUUCUUGGAAGACAUGCAUGCCGCUGAGGUGGGCUUUUACAAUUCUAUUUCUUAGCAAUCUCACUGCACACAGUCACGCAAUUUGUUAGAAAUGGGUUUGGUUUCCUGGUCCAUCUGAUUUAAGUCACGCUUUAUACCUCAGAUGUAGGAGGCGCGGUGGCUUCAUGGUUAGUGCGCUCGACUCCGGAUCGAGCGGUCCGGGUUCAAGCCC